UCGAAGGAAAAUACAUAUAUUAUUAAGGUAGCGUUCGUACUUCUCAUUCUAAAGAUACCAAUAUACAGAGUGAGAGAGAAAGAUAGAUAUGAUAUCGUCGGCGGUAGAGUUUUCCGCGGAGCAAGCGAGAUGCGGCGACGAUGGUGACGGCGGAGAGACGAACAAGAACGGCGAUCGUGAUCAUUUUAUUAUACGAACCUCCUCCGAACCAAAAGCUCAGACGACAAGUUUUCUCUCAACUGAUACUUUCCUUAGAGCAGCAACGUUACUCAAGGACCAGGUUGUGGAGGCCACGUGGAAACGCGGUGCUCCGGAUCCGAGUCUAGUGUUGGAUCCGACCGUGUACACAGGGCUACUCGGCACCGCUUUCACUUGCUUGAAGUCGUACGAGGUCACGAGGAACCAUCAAGAUCUGCUAACUUGCGCAGAUAUAAUCGACACGUGUGCCGACGUUGCACGCGCCACAACCAGGCACGUGACGUUUUUAUGUGGAAGAGGAGGAGUGUAUGCGCUUGGUGCAAUCGUAGCCAGUUACAGAGGGGACCAAUCAAAACUUGACCUCUUUCUCGGUCUUUUCCUGGAGCUAGCAGAAGAAAGAGAGUUACCAGCAGGACCAGAGGAAGGAGGAUUUGGAAUGUCAUAUGACCUUCUGUAUGGAAGAGCGGGUUUCCUUUGGGCUGCUCUGUUUCUAAACAAAUACCUCGGUGAAGGCACUGUUCCCGACCAUCUCUUAUCGCCUAUUGUCGCAGCCAUCUUAUCAGGUGGACGAGUCGGAGCUGCAGAUCAUCAAGCUUGCCCUUUAUUAUACAGGUUCCACGGGACACGGUUUUGGGGUGCGGCGAAUGGAUUAGCUGGAAUCUUGCACGUCUUGUUACACUUCCCAUUAUCAGAAGAGGAUGUGAAGGAUGUGCAAGGGACGUUGAGGUACAUGAUGAGUAAUAGGUUCCCAAACAGCGGAAACUAUCCUUGCAACGAAGGGAAUCCGAGAGACAAGCUGGUCCAGUGGGCUCACGGUGCGACCGGCAUGGCCAUCACUUUGGCUAAAGCAUCACAGGUGUUUCCAAAGGAGAGGGAUUUUCGUGAAGCAGCCAUUGAAGCUGGAGAAGUAGUGUGGAAGAGUGGGUUGGUGAAGAAGGUAGGUUUAGCUGAUGGAGUUGCUGGCAACGCCUAUGCUUGCUUGUCGCUCUACAGGUUAACGGGAGAUGUUGUGUACGAAGAGAGAGCAAAAGCGUUCGCGAGUUACUUGUGUCGUGAUGGGAGAGAGCUUGUGACUGCGACAAUGGGAGAAGCAGAGCAUGACUAUUCUCUCUUCCGAGGACUAGCUGGACCAGCAUGUCUCUGGUUCGAUCUAGCGUCGCCGGCAGAUUCUAAGUUUCCUGGUUAUGAGAUUUAAAUUUAAGAUAAACCGUUGUUCUUUCUCUCCGUGGUUAUUGAAAGUGAAUCCUCAAUGAAUGUAUUAUCAUCAAACAAAAAAAAACUCAUGUCUUUUUUAAAGUAAUACAAUGGUGGCAAUAAUACAAUGAUAAGGAAGAUCAAA